CCUUAGCUACCACCCAUCACCACCAGCCUAGAACCAUCCCAACCCAACCUAACUAAACCAUUUUUGGAACAAACAUAAAUGAAAUCUCUUGGAGUAGGAUCAAACACCAUUGGAUUGGAUGGUAUUUACUCUUUACAUGAAUUUUAUUAUUAUUAUUAUUAUUAAAAAGGCAGUGCCUUAAAUUGCUUCUCUUUUUCUUUUUUUCAAAAAUUAUAUCGAUCAAUUAUUAUUUUUUUUCAUAUUAAUUCGUAAAUCUACGUCUCUAUUUCAUGGAUACAAAAAAAUGUUAUAGAAAGAUCAACUUUAUGGUAUGAAUGAGUUUUGGUUCAGAUGAUAUAAUUGUUGAUUGUGUAAGUCUUGUUAAGGUCAAUAUUGUGAGUGUUCGUGGAAGAAAAUUUAAAAAAUAAAAAUCAAUUUUAUUACAUAUAUUAAUUUUUAACUUUUAUCUUAUAUUUUCUAGGACAUAAAAUAGGGAAAUCAACAACUUAAUUUAGGUAGGCGCAUUCCUACCACUUUUUUAUAUUGGAAAAAAACAAACGGUCCUCAAGAAAUUAAUGAAUCAAAUAUAUCCUUUGCUUUUGGCUCCUGAGUAUUCGCGGGUCCGAGAGGCAAAACGGUUUUUUCUCUGCUCUCUCUCUCUCUCCAUCUUUCAUUGGAAUACCUGAAGAACACCCAAACCUCCAAGAGAACGAGAAAGCUCUUUCUGAGUUCAGAAGUCAUAUUAGGUGGUAAAAAAGCUCAAUUGUCAUUGCUUAGGGCAAUGGUAAAAGCUCGAACUGACGAGCAAGCAGAUUCGAGUUUAAGAGCAACCACUUUGUGUAAAAUAUCGCCAAAGUUUUCUUCUUCUCAUUGGGGGCUCGCGCAAGCGAAAGCACAAGCACAAGCACAAGAACAAACAAAAAUGUCUAGCGCCGUGGGCAUUUUUGUUUCUGAUCCAUGGCUUCAAAGCCAAUUCACUCAAUUUGAGCUUCGUGGCCUCAACUCCAAAUUUCUUUCAGCAAGGAAUCAAUCGGGUCAUGUCACUGUGGGAGAUUUGCCACCAGUGUUGGCAAAAUUGAAGGCUUUCAGUGAAAUGUUUACAGAGGAAGAAAUUAAGGCUGUAUUGGGGGAGGAGUCGCCUAACAUGAGUGAAGAAGUUGAUUUUGAAUCUUUCCUUCGGGCAUACCUAAAUGUACAAGCACGAGCCACAGCAAAAUUUGGAAAAUCAAAAAAAUCUUCUUCAUUCCUCAAGUCUUCUUCAUUCCUCAAGGCCACCACAACCACCCUUCGCCACACCAUUGCUGAAUCUGAGAAGGCUUCAUAUGUUGCCCACAUUAACAGCUUCCUUGGAGAUGAUCCUUUCUUGCAGAAAUAUCUUCCUAUGGAUCCAUCUACCAAUGCUUUAUUUGAUCUCGCAAAGGACGGAGUUCUUCUCUGUAAGCUCAUUAAUGUAGCUGUCCCUGGUACAAUAGACGAGCGUGCUAUUAACACGAAACAAGUCCUUAAUCCUUGGGAAAGGAAUGAGAACCACACCCUUUGCCUCAAUUCUGCGAAGGCUAUUGGUUGCACAGUGGUUAAUAUUGGCACGGAGGACCUAGUUGAAGGAAGACCCCAUCUGUUACUUGGAUUGAUUUCUCAAAUAAUCAAGAUUCAACUUUUGGCUGAUCUCAAUCUGAAGAAAACUCCUCAACUUGUGGAAUUGGUGGAUGAUAGCAAGGAUGUGGAAGAGCUCAUGGGUUUACCUCCAGAAAAGGUUUUAUUGAAAUGGAUGAAUUUUCAGUUAAAAAAAGGAGGCUACAACAAACAGGUUACAAAUUUCUCGACUGAUCUGAAGGACGGAGAGGCCUAUGCUCACUUGCUCAAUGUUCUUGCACCAGAACACGGUACCGCUGACACCUUGGAUACUAAGGAUCCCUCUGAAAGAGCAAAUUUGAUUCUUGAGCAUGCGGAGAAAAUGGAAUGCAAAAGAUACAUCACUCCAAAGGACAUUGUUGAGGGCUCGCCUAAUUUAAAUCUUGCAUUUGUUGCACAAAUAUUUCAACACAGGAAUGGCCUAACUGUGGACAGCAAAAGUAUCUCCUUUGCUGAGAUGAUGACAGACGACACUCAAACUUCUAGGGAGGAGAGAUGCUUUCGGCUGUGGAUUAACAGUCUUGGAAUUGAUUCAUAUGUCAAUAAUGUGUUUGAGGAUGCCAGAUCUGGGUGGGUUAUUUUGGAAGUUCUUGACAAAGUUUCUUCAGGAUCAGUCAACUGGAAGGAGGCAACAAAACCUCCCAUUAAGAUGCCUUUUAGAAAAGUUGAGAAUUGUAACCAAAUUAUAAGGAUUGGAAAGCAAUUAAAUUUCUCCCUUGUGAAUGUAGCUGGAAAUGAUAUUGUACAAGGAAACAAGAAGCUCAUACUAGCUUUUUUAUGGCAGUUGAUGAGGUUUUCUAUGCUCAAACUACUGAAAAACUUGAGGUCCCAUUCCCAAGGAAAGGAGAUAACGGAUGGUGAUAUUUUAAAUUGGGCAAACAACAAAGUGAAGAUCGCUGGCAAAACAUCUCAAGUGGAAAGCUUCAAGGAUAAAAGCCUUUCAAAUGGGAUUUUCUUUCUCGAACUUCUUAGUGCUGUAGAGCCAAGGGUUGUCAACUGGAGUGUUGUUACCAAGGGCGAAACUGACGAGGAUAAGAAAUUGAAUGCAACUUACAUUAUCAGUGUUGCUCGAAAGCUUGGGUGCUCCAUUUUCUUAUUGCCUGAGGACAUAAUUGAGGUGAACCAGAAGAUGAUCCUCACCCUAACAGCAAGCAUCAUGUACUGGAGCCUGCAACAAAAAGCUGAGGAUUCAGAGUCAACCACACCUACCGAAGACAAGAAAGCACCGGAGGGCGACAAACAAUAAAACCUCUCCAAAAAAGUUGAAAACAAGAAACCUCACCGCAUGGUCCAAAGGAUGACUCUAGGUGGAGAAUGACCAAGAAUUGCAACUCCCAAAAUUUUUUCUUCGAGCCCUUACUUUCCUUUCGAGGACAAGAAAAAUGAAAAUCCAGUUGCAGUUAGUUGAUCUGUGAGAUGGUACUCCUGUAUGGGACAGGGCAUGGUCAAUUUUGUUCUGAUCAACCACAGAAAAAGAGAAGUUAUUGUAAAUUUUACCUUGUGUAAUUAUAGUCUACUGUUCUUAUA